ACCUUCUCCAUCAACAUGCGCGUUUUCCUCGGUGCCCUCCUCCUUGCUGCCACGGCGUUUGGCGCUCAAACCACGCCCGACGACGCCACCGUGACCGUGAUCGAUGACACCACCGUGACCGUGGUCGACCGUCUUGUCGGCGCCCCCGAGGGUAACGACCUGCCCGUUGGCAAGAACGAGACGCUCGGCCUCAAGGGCAAGGGUCUCAAGGACGAGUUCCCGGCGCGCCAGUGGGGUCUCCAGCGCCUUGAAGUCUGGACGGACCAGUACUUCCACUCCAAGCCGCUCGACCAGUGGGUCACGGUCUGGGGUGGCGUCGUGAACCUCCGCUGCCGCAACUGCGGCGGCGGCCGCGCCUGGGAAGUCAUGGAGUCCGAAGGCUCUUCGAGCUACGACAUGCUGCGCAACGUCCAGGACAACUUGUGUCUCGACGCGUACUGGAGCAACGCCGCUGGCAAGCCGCUCGUGCACGGCUAUCAAUGCCAGCCGGGCAACAUCAACCAGCGCUGGGAGUACUCUCGCUACAACUCGGCGACGAUGAUCAAGCACAAGUACUACGAAGGCUGGUGCUUGCUCAUCUACCCCAACGGCGACGCCACCAUGGCCAACUGCGGGAACAACUGGAACGACGUGCACUUCAACUUUAUCGCGUAAAGUUGCGACGAAAACCUGUGCACUAUUGCGACAUUUGUGUAAGACGGACGUGAAUGAAUGUUUUCCGUUUGACUUUGUG